AUGUCAGAAGCCUUAUCAGGUCAACUGAUGCGACAGCAUUCAAUUGAGCGGGCAUUGGAAAACUUCAAAAAGAUUGGCCGCAAUAAUCUAACGCCGGCGAAGAUUCGGUCACGGGCCGCUUCUCUCAAGGAUCUCUGGCGCGCUUACCAGGAUGGUCACGUCACCUUAACGCAGGUGAUUCCGGUUCCCACUCAGGCAACACUGGACUACUUCUCCAAGACUCAAUUUGAUAAAACUGAAGAAGUGUACAAUGCCACCCUGGAUUACAUGAUGGACUGCUUGGAGGAUCUCGAACCUGUCGUGAGUCAACACAAUCAGUCGAAUGAAACUGUCCAUUCGAUUCAUGACGCAUCCUCUCUUUCGUUGAUGCAUCUGCCGUCUAUUGAUAUGCCGCCCUUCGACGGAAACUACGCCGACUGGGAAACGUUUCGCGAUCGCUUCACUUCCCUCAUUAUUCAAAAUAAAGAUUUAACGGAUUUUAGUCGCAUGCAUUUUCUCGCGUCAGCAUUAAAAGGCCGCGCAAGGGAAUCUAUCGCGAGUCUAGCCAUAACUGCGAACAAUUUCAAGAUUGCGUGGCGAACGCUGUCGGGACGAUACGAAAGUAAGCGACGACUCCUUUCGUUCCAUCUAUCCGCGCUACUCGAUUUACCCCCUGUAACUCGGGAAUCCGCAACAGAACUACAGCUCUUAUGUGACAAGGUCAACAUCGCCAUCUCUUCGUUACAAAAAUUAGACCGAACCCCGAGUGAGUUGUGGGAUGACUUUCUUGUGUACUUAACGUCAAAAAAAUUGGAUUCGAACACACGGAAAGCAUGGACGCUUCACACGAAUCAAGCAGCUUCACCAUCUACAUUCGAGGUAUUAAGUCGAUUCCUCGACUCUCGCAUUCGCGCUUUAGAGGAGUGUCAACAAAAUCCUAACUCGAAAGCAACAACAAAAUCUGCAUCGUCGGCGCGCGUUCAUGUUGCGACGGCAUCCGACAGCGCUACGUUGACUUGUCCGUUGUGCAAGUCUCGUCAUUUCAUAAAUGCCUGUCCACAGUUUACCGCAAAAAAUGCUUGUCAGCGUCGCGAACUCGUAAAGCGGUUUAAGCGUUGUUUCAAUUGUCUAAGCACUCGCCACUCUGCGUCGGAAUGUCCUAGCAAGUACAGUUGUCGGUUAUGUGACAAAAAACAUCAUACGACGUUACAUAUCGAAUCUGAAACGAGCUCUGGUCCAGCAACAGUUACGUCGCAAACGGCGCAAGCAUCUCCAUCCGUCGAGCACGCGGAUGAAAUUAAUUCUUUGCUCACCUCCGCGAAACCGGGCAUGACCGCUCAGGUGCUUUUAGCUACCGCUUGGGUCAACCUCAAAGUUGCUUCCGGUCGAUCUGCGACGGUAAGGGCCUUGCUCGACCAGGGCUCUGAAGCCACGUUCAUAUCCGAGAACGUAGCGCAACUGUUGCGCGCGAAGCGCAUUCGAAUGCCGGUCUCGAUUUCUGCCGUCGGCGGAACUCGCGUUGGUACGGUUCAACAUGCCGCCUCUGUUAUUAUAUCUCCUCGCGUCUCUAAUACUCCGGCUCUCGAAACGACGGCACUCAUUCUCCCCUCGCUAACGUCUUACGCUCCGAAACGUGUGUCUGAACCGUAUUGUCUGGCGCACCUCGCUGAUCUGUCAUGGGCUGAUUCGAAGCCAACAAGCUCCGAUCCGAUUCAAAUCAUUAUCGGCGCCGAUCUUUAUGGCGAUAUCAUUCAGGCGGGCGUUCGCAAGGGGAAAACUGGCCAGCCGUUUGCGCAAAACUCUAUUUUUGGCUGGAUUAUUUCCGGGCCUCUCGAAACAACGUCUGUCGCGUCGCGAUAUACCGACUAUUUCUCUGCGAAUUCGCGAAAUUCCGCUCAUCUAACCGUUCAUCAUUGCUCCUCUUUAGAUUCUCUCGCCGGCGAGAUUAAACGAUUCUGGGAGAUCGAGGAAGUUCCUCGAUCCCCAUCGCUAACGCCACAGGAAGAUAUUUGCGAGUCUCACUUUCGCGCCACGCAUUCACGUCAACAGGACGGCCGAUAUAUCGUUCGGUUGCCUUUUAAAAGAGAUCCUCCCAUUGAAAUCGGUAGUUCACGGCGCUCUGCCGAACGUCUGUACAAUACAUUGCUACGUCGUUUUCGUUUGCACCCGGAAUUAGAAAAGGAAUACGAUAAAUUCAUGCGUGAGUACGAACAGCUCGGCCAUAUGCGACGGGCGUUACCCCCUCUCGACUCACUUCAGCAGCACGUUCACAUCCCUCAUCAUCCAGUCAUUCGGGAGGAUAGCGCUACAACGCGCCUGCGCGUCGUGUUCAACGCGUCGUGUGUCACGUCAAACGGAUCGUCAUUAAACGAUCACUUACUCGCUGGUCCGAAACUGCAGGCGGAUCUACCCACUAUAUUAUUACAAUGGCGUCAUUUCAAAUUUGUUUGCACGGCUGAUAUCGCAAAAAUGUAUCGACAAAUCUUGGUCGACCAACGAGAUGUUGACUACCAGCGUGUUAUCUGGAAAGGAGAACAGAACGAGCCUGUCGAGUAUCAGCUGCUUACCGUCACCUACGGAAUGACGUGCGCUCCUUUUCUCGCGCUUCGCGUGCUUCAAAAAUUAAUCGACGACGACGGACAGCGAUUUCCGCUCGCAAUCCCGAUCCUGCGUGGUCAAAUCUAUGUCGACGACGUCCUGUUCGGCGGUGACGAUAUUGAGUUCGUUCGGCAAUCUCGCGAUCAUCUUGUCGGUCUACUGCGUUCCGGCAAAUUCGAGUUGCGCAAAUGGGCCAGCAAUUCCCAGGAAUUGCUUGACGACAUUGAUCCGUCGGAUCACGGCUUGGCGUGUAACAAACAGAUCGCAGCCGACGACAGAGUCAAAGUUCUUGGCAUUGUCUGGAACCCGGUUCGCGAUAUUUUUCAAGUAAAGGUAUCUCUCCUUACGGUCAUCCCUCGAAGCAAACGGUCAAUUCUUUCAACCAUUGCAAAACUUUACGAUCCAUUAGGCUGGGUUACUCCGGCUACAAUUUCGGCUAAAAUAUAUAUGCAACAGCUAUGGCGCCUACACAUAACCUGGGAUGAGGACAUUCCUGAGCCUCUUCUCAGCAAAUGGAUAUCAAUCUACUCCAAACUUUCUUUCCUAAACGACCUUCAACUAUCCCGGUGGACGGGCGUUCAUUCGAACAUCUCAUAUGUCGAAUUACACGGUUUUGCCGAUGCAUCCACCCUCGCUUACGCGGCUUCCGUGUAUUUGAGGGUUAUUUCCGAUUAUGGGAGCGUCACCAUCUCAUUGCUUGCCGGCAAAUCAAAGGUAGCUCCCCUUGCCCCCCUCACCGUCCCUCGCCUUGAGCUGUCCGCGGCGUUACUUCUCACUCGCCUCAUGACCUUCGUGUUAAAGUCUCUCGCGAUGCCAUCCGUUCCAUGCGUUUGUUGGACGGACUCAACGAUCGUGUUGACGUGGGUACGCGCUCAUCCAUCGCGUUGGAAAACGUUUGUCGCCAACCGAGUAAACGCGAUUCAAAGUCAGCUGCCUGAUGCCGAGUGGCAUCACGUGCCGACUUCGGAUAACCCCGCGGACUGUGCGUCGCGAGGGCUGCCCGGUGACGAACUGAUCCGUCAUGACCUGUGGUGGCAAGGACCUUCCUGGUUACGAGCUCCAAGAGAGGACUGGCCUUCCGAGCCUACCUCCCAGACCAUGGAUGCUGGUAUUGAGGAAAGAAUUGUUGCUUUACAUUCUGAAACGUCUGCUAGCUGGGAUCUUGCUACUCGAUACUCGUCAUGGCCACGAUUGGUUCGCAUUACGGCAUAUCUCUUCAGAUUUCUAAAGGCUUGUCGACGCUCUAAUGUCGAUCCGCCUCCCCUCUCCUCUCCGAAUAAAUCUCUUUCCUGCCUCGAAUUCCGCUCAGCCAAGACAUUUUGGCUCAAAUGCAUACAAGCCGAACUUUUUUCAGAUGAGAUUAGCUCGUUAAGUAAAGGGAAUCAAAUCUCUCCAAAAAAUAAAUUAACCGCUCUGCGGCCUUUCCUCGAUCGUGACGGGGUGCUCCGCGUGGGGGGCCGUCUUCGCCAGGCUCCGCUCCCAUAUACUGUGAAACAUCCCGUGUUACUCGCAUCUCACCAUCUGGUGCAUCUCAUCGUCCUGCAAGCUCAUUCGCGGGUUUUACACGGGGGCUUGCAGCUCACUCUGAGCACCCUCCGCCAUGAUUUCUGGAUCAUUCGCGCUCGAAGUCUGGUCAAGGCUGUAAUCCAUAAAUGUAUCGUAUGCUGUCGGGAGCGGGCCGCGAUUCCCGUGCAGCUAAUGGGAGACCUUCCCCCCAUGCGCGUCUCGGUACCUUCUCGUCCCUUUUCUCACUGUGGCGUUGAUUAUGCCGGGCCGAUCAAAGUGCGUUCGGCAACCGGUCGCGGUAUAACGGCGAGAAAAGCUUAUAUCGCUUUAUUUAUCUGUUUGGCCACGCGAGCUAUCCAUUUAGAGUUGGUCGGGGAUUACUCGACUCCGGCAUUUCUCAAUGCAUAUUUGCGAUUCUGUUCUCGCCGUGGUCUCCCGUCUGAUAUGUACUCGGACAAUGGAACGACAUUCGUGGGCGCUGAGAGAGAGCUUCGAUCCGCUUAUCAAUCUGCUAUGCGCGACCCCAAUUUUCAAAAUAAAAUCGCGACUGAUGGUGUUUCCUGGCACUUCAUUCCUCCGUCUGCACCGCAUUUCGGCGGAAUGUGGGAAGCGGGCGUCCGCAGCGUGAAGCACCAUCUGCGUCGCAUUUUAGGUGAACACACUCUCUCCUUCGAAGAGUUCACCACUCUUUUAUGUAAAAUCGAGGCAUGUCUGAACUCGCGUCCAGUCGCUCCAUUGUCCGAUUCCUACGACGAUUAUGAGAUCCUCACUCCGGGGCAUUUUCUAAUAGGCUCCGCUCUGACCGUCCCGCCUGAACCUUCGCUGUUGCAUCUGAGGGAAAAUCGAUUGUCUCGAUGGCAGCUCGUUCGUCACAUAACCGAGCGUUUCUGGAGGGUAUGGACAAGCGAUUACCUCAACACUCUGCAGCAGCGAGGCAAAUGGCGAAAGGUCCAAGCAAAUAUAAAAAUCGGACAAAUGAUUCUCUUACGCAAUGCGACGUUGCCCCCGUGUAAAUGGGAACUCGGACGGGUCACGCAAAUUCACCCUGGCCCCGACGGUUUAGUGCGCGUCGUGACCGUGAGAACCGCGACUUCGGAGUAUAAGCGUCCGAUUACGAAGCUAUGCCUUCUACCGAUCGAGAAUGUGACGCCGAGCAAUGACGAUUGCACCGUUGGCAGUGUUUAG